AUGCUCUACUAUCGCCUGAGUCCCCAUGUGAAGCUAUGGAGAUUCUGCAUCUACGGAAUCGCGACCCUCAUCACCCUACCCUCACUGAUACUGGUUUUCCUCUAUUUGUUUGGCUGCCAGCCGGUUGCUAAGGCAUGGGACUCGACGAUUACUGAAGGGCACUGUGUAGACCGCCUCAGUAUCAUGUUGGCAAGUUCCGUGCUAAACGUUAUUACGGAUUUCUUGAUGAUAAUCGCCCCGAUCCCUUUGAUCUGGAAACUAAAUAUGCGGGUCUGGCAAAAGCUGGGAGUGACUCUGAUGUUUUUCUUGGGUGGCAUCACCAUUAUUACCAGUAUCUUCCGCGCGAUCACCGUCGAUAACUUGCUUUAUGAAGGGGACCAUCCCUAUCGUAUGGCAGUUCCAAUCCUAUGGGCGUAA